UCUUCUAACGCCAGCCUCCUCCCCUGUUUCUCGUACUCUUCUUCUUUCCUCUUCGCUCGCACGGCGCAGCCGCCCUUCCUCGCCGCAGGAAACACUCGCCGCCAUCGUCGGUCCUCUCUCGGCCCUCCCGCUUCCACCCGCGGCCCCGGCAACCCAGCUCGAAGCGACGGUUUUUCAGGGUGCUUGAGUGGAUUUGGGUGAGGAUCUGUGGCUGAGGGGCAAGGUGGAAGUAAAUUUAAGUACGCAAAUGCCUUUUAUACCUACUUGUGAGGCAUUUGGUGCCAAUCAAGGUUAUAUGGCAUCUCAGAAAGAGGCUUUCAUCGCAAAGUGGACCGAGCCUUUAACCAACCUGUAUAUAAGUUUGUUGGUAGAAGAGGUCAAAAAGGGAAAUCGCACCUCUUCUACUUUCAACAAAGCAGGGUGGAAUAACAUUCGAGCUGAAUUCAAUAAACGGACAGUACUCCAAUAUAACCUAGUACAAUUGAAGAACAAGGUGAACAAAUUGAAAAAACAGUAUUGUAGUUUCAGGAAGCUUCUUUCACAAUCUGGAUUUGCCUGGGAUAACAUAAAUAAAACAGUCGUUGUCGAUGAUCCAAGUAUAUGGGAACCUCACAUCAAGGAUAAUAGAGAGUGGGCAAAAUUCAAGAAGGAUGGGUUACCUCAGUAUCCCGAGCUAUGUAUUGUAUUUGGGGAUACAUAUGCUACUGGAGAGCAUGCAGUAGGAAAUGCUGAAAAUUUGAUGAUGUCAGAGGAAGAUGACUAUGGUGGUAGUGAUCCAGAGGACUUCAGUGAACACUACAUUGAUGAGGGAGUCUUUACAUCUGACAAUACUUCUGCUUUAGGUCAUGACAAGCACAAAUUGGAUAGGACUCCAAAUACCAAGAGGAGAAGAAAGAGUAACUCAUAUAAUAUUGCUAGCACCUGCAAAGCCAUACAAGAGAUGAUCAAAUGUAGGGCAAGUCAAUAUGUGAGUUGCUCUGCCACCUCACAAGUCACACCACCACCUGUAGACCCCUUCUCCGUUUCUGCUGUGAUUGAUGUCCUAGUUAGCAUGCCUGAGUUGGAGCAGAAUCUUUAUAACAAAGCAGUGGAACGAGCAUGUAUUAGUGCCACAUGGAGGGAGGCUUUCAUCAAAUCGCCCACUGAAAGGAGAAAUGGACUUCUCCGAUAUCUUAAGUAGGUGUUGGGAAAUGUAAUGUGGAUUGCGUAGGAUUUUUUGUUUCAUUUUACUUUAUGACUUAUGUUAUUGGUUUUUAUUUGGUUUUUAAAGAUAUUCAUGUUGAGACUUUUGUAUU